ACUUUAAAAGUAGUACCUUUAUGAUGCCUUGCGGAGAGGGCAAACAAAUUUUCUGCGUGUGCUGAAUUUUUUCAGAGAAGUCGAUUGAUAGAGGAGAGAAAGACAGCCGAGAAGCAGGUUUAGAUAACCACGAGAAGCUUUGCAUUUCACAGAGAUGUCGAUAUUUGAAUACAAUGGAAGUGCUUUGGUUGCUAUGGUUGGAAAAGACUGUUUUGCCAUUGCCAGUGAUCGUCGUUUAGGUGUCCAAUUGCAAACAAUAGCGACUGAUUUUCAGCGCAUUUCCAAGAUUCAUGAUAUGCUCUAUGUUGGUCUCUCUGGGUUGGCCACAGAUGCACAGACAUUGUACCAGAGACUUGCUUUUCGGCAUAAGCUUUAUCAGCUUCGAGAGGAGAGAAAUAUGCAACCAGAAACUUUUGCAAAUCUUGUUUCUGCAUUGCUUUAUGAAAAGAGGUUUGGGCCAUACUUUUGUCAACCAGUGAUAGCUGGAUUAGGAGAUGACAACAAACCAUUUAUCUGCACAAUGGAUUCUAUUGGAGCUAAGGAACUAGCAAAGGAUUUUGUUGUUGCUGGUACUGCUGCAGAGUCACUUUAUGGUGCAUGCGAGUCUAUGUACAAGCCCGACAUGGAACCGGAGGAGUUAUUUGAGACAGUUUCACAGGCUUUAUUAUCAUCCGUGGACCGUGAUUGUUUAAGCGGCUGGGGAGGUCAGGUUUAUGUUGUGUCGGCAGAUCAAGUGAUCAUACGUACUUUGAAGGGACGCAUGGACUGAGUUUACUGAGAUGCUAUAAGUAACAAAGGAUUUUCACGUGGGUUAAUUAUAUACACUUUGUAUUCUUCAUUGCAUUUAUGAGAUGAUUGAGAACAAUGAUUAUUUCUUUUUGUUUUCAUCAUCUUGAAGCUUGUGACCCAAGACUACCAGACUUCACAUUCUCAAAUGGUAUUUGAAGCUAUUUGGAAUGAAAUUUUACUUUUAUGUUAUUAGUUUCGUAGACGUUUUCAUAACAAAUGUUACCAUGCUUUGGAGCCAUCAUUUCAUGGACUGUUCCUUCUUAUCAUCUAUUAUUUUGUUCCAUUCAGUGUUA